AUGCGAAGGAUCAACGUCCUGAAAGCGCCGAAAAUCGCGGUGGGCGCUAACUGUGUUCAUCGUUCCCACGGUAACCAGGCUUUGUUCACGGAGAUGUUUGGGGAUGUUCUGGAAUCGCUACAAGUAGCUCGCGGCUUCACGACGUUGGAUCUGGAGAGGCGGAAGUGGACCUUUGUUCAGGUUCUGUUUGUGGUGAACAGAUACUUGGGUGACGCCCUUUUCGUGCAUGGGGCUAGUGGGUACCCGCUUAUCCUCAUGCCUCCGCCUAGUUUCCCUGACCUCAUGUUAUUGUGCUCCAGCACAAGCAUGGUUCAGUGGGGAGAUUCUGGAAGCGGGAUAGUAAUUAAUCGCAUCAUGUGCAUGUACAACUAUGCACGAGGGGUGACGGCCCUUCUUCUCUCUUUCUUCUUCAUCCAGGCUGGAUAUGGCUUAAUCGUCGCCGUCCUUUCCAUCGAGAGGCCCAGCAGUAUGGUGACGCUAGCCCCAAAUUUCCGGAUCUGUGCGCCCGUCAAUACUGCUGACUGGUUCUGGCCGUUUCUCUUCUUCAUGGGUGUAUUCGACUUGUUGAUACUUCUUCUUUCCCUGCUUGAGAGCAUUCGCUUCUUCUUUGCAAGUUAUCAGCUCGUGGCCAAGGGCAGUCUAGUGCCCAAAUUCUCGUCGACAGGAUGGAAGAGCCAAACGCAUAUAUUUCAAAUUUUCUUGCGAGAUAGUGUGUUGUUUCCCUUCCUCCUCCUGGCAUGGCUGCGUAUCGUAAAGCCGAGCGCCAUCCAAAUCACCAUCAUCCUUACCACCAUGGCGCCACCAAUCCUAGGGUGCCGACUCAUCCUCAACCUACGGGAGGCUUACUACAAGCCAUUCGAGGACGAGUGUCGAACGGCGUUGAUUUUCGCCGAUCUUCCCAGCUCAACUCAAUCUCAACCUCCUUCCCCUGGCAUUAGUAGCCUCACCCCGGUCUCUACAAAUGAUUCGAAUUGUUGA